AUGGCUGAGUCCAAAAUGUUAGUAACUCAGGACGAGUUCAGCUGUUCAGUCUGUCUGGAAACACUGAAGGAUCCUGUAACUAUUCUAUGUGGACACAGUUUCUGUAUGGUGUGUAUUAAUAACUGCUGGGAUCAGGAGGAUGAUAAAGAAACAUACAGCUGUCCACAGUGUAGACAAACCUUCACUCCAAGACCUGUUGUGAGGAAAAACAUUAUUCUGGUAAAAGUUGUAGAGGACCUGAGGAAGAAAGAAUCCCAGGGUUCCCUUCCUUCUGGACCUGAUGAUGUGGAUUGUGAUUUCUGUACAGAGAGAAAAUCCAAAGCAGUAAAAUCCUGUCUGGUGUGUUUGGCCUCUUUCUGUGAAACUCACUUUCAGCCUCAUUAUCAAAUUCCUGCUUAUAGGAAUCACAAGCUGGUUAAAGCCUCCAGGCAACUCCAGGACCAGAUAUGCUCUCAGCAUAAUAAACUGCUGGAGGUUUACUGUCAUACUGAUCAGCAGUGUAUCUGCAUGAUGUGUACCAUGGAUGAUCAUAAAGGACAUGAUACAAUAUCAGCUGCAGCAGAAAAAACUGAGAAACAGAAGCAGCUGCUGGAGAUUCAGAGAAAAUUCCAGGAGAAAAUCCAGAACAGAGAGAGGGAACUUUGUGAGCUGAUAAACGCUGUGGAGUCUUACAAGUGUUCUGCACAGACAGCAGUGAAGAACAUUGAGAGGAUCUGUACUGAACUAAUCAAUUCAAUUAACAGAAGAUGCUCUGAGCUAAAAGAUCUGAUCAGAGUCCGGAUUACUUCACCUCCUAAACCUGAAAUCAGAGAAGAUUUUAUACAAUAUUUUUGUCGGUUCACACUGGAUCCUAACACAGUAAAUAAAAUCCUCCGUCUGUCUAAGGAGAACAAAGUGAUGACCUGCAGUAGAACAUUACAGUCGUAUCCUGAUCAUCCAGAUAGAUUUGAUGUUUACCCCCAGGUUCUGUGUAGAGAGCGUGUGAGUGGACGCUGUUACUGGGAGGUUGAGUGGAGUGGGGAUUAUGCAGUUUAUAUUGCAGUGUCAUAUAAAAGCAUCAGCAGGAAGGGAGAUGGUUAUGAGUGUGUGUUUGGAGGUAAUGAUCAGUCCUGGAGUUUGUACUGUUCUCCAUCCAGAUUUUCAUUCUGGCACAAUAAGAAAAAGACUGAAAUUCCCAUAAUGCAGAGUUCCUCUAGAAUAGGAGUGUAUGUGGAUUAUGAAGCAGGAACUCUGUCCUUCUACAGCGUCUCUGAUACAAUGAAGCUCAUCCACAGAGUUCAGACCAUGUUCACUCAGAUCCUCUACCCUGGGUUUAGAGUUGAUAAUAAAUCAAAAGUGAAACUGUCAGAUUUAACAAAUGAAAUGUAAAAUUUACAUGAAAGU